UGUUCUUAUUGGGAGUUAAACUUUGACCAAGAAUAGAUCAAUGGCGAGACCAGUAGAGAAGUCAGGGUAUUGUAAGAUCAGAAAGAAGUCUGAAAGGGAGCACAACAAACUGGUUGCUGCUACUGCUGCCCAAUUGGAAGAGGACAUCCUAAAGCUCUAUGAGACCAAGGAACACUCUGAUGUAACUGUACAUAUAGAUGGCAGGCCUAUACAACUACAUAAAGCCAUCCUUUGGGCCAGAAUGUUUCAGAACAAUCCAAAUUUAGGAGAAUUCUUUCUAGAGGAAUCAAACCUCUCGACUGCACACCCCUCUCUGACUUGUACAACUCACAACAGUGAUCCACUUAGAGACUUUAGAGAGCUAUAUACAGGGACUUCAGACAGCAACUUCCUCAGUUCAUAUGUGUGGGAAAAUGAUGAUUUGAAUAUUUACCCCUCUAAGAAAGUUGGACCUCCAGAAACACACUUGGAGAAACAAGUGCACUCAGACACACAAGGAGACCAAGAGACACAAGGACAGUCAGAGACACAAAGAGACUCUGAGACACAAGGACAGUCAGAGACACAAGGAGACUCUGA